CUCUCUCUUCUCUGCCAAUCUACCCAACCGGAAGGAGAAUGGAUCGCAGAACAGAGGUAAAGGUAAACCUUCUCUUCUCUGCCUUAAUCCGUCUCAUUCGACCUUCCCCGACAACUUUUUCCGUUCAUCAUCAUCAUCCUUAAUCCGUUGCAGUUAAUUUUUUAAGUCCCGAUCCUUCUCCUUCGUCCUUCCUCUUUUUUACGCCGCUCCCUAACCCUUACCCCUUUCCUUCUCCCUCGAUUCCACUAGCACCGCCGGACCUUUCUCCUUCCUCGUGAGUACGCCACUUGGAGCCUAGGCCAAGCGUCGGUCAUCCUUGGCGAGCCCCCAGCGAUGCCCUUCUUUGCUGUGUAGUGCCUUUUUUUUUUUACCUUCUCUUCGCAAUUUCAAAUCCCCGUCCGGACGCCGCCAGGCGAGUUUAUGCCGGAGCUUCCUCCUCUGCGACGCCCUCCUCUGCCGCGAUGUCCUGUGCCGCGGGAGUCUCACUUCCUUUCUUUCUCUCGCCGCUUUGAUUCUGCGAGAGAGCGUCGGCCCUGUGGUGCUCUCACCUCUGCAAGUCUGGCCGAACACUGGGAACUACAUGCUGUGUGGUCCAGGAUGGAGCAAAAUGACUCAAUCUUGGGAAGUCUCAAAAUUGCUCCAGAUGUUAAUGAUGCUCUUCUAUGUGGAAAUCCAGUUGUGGCACUAGAAUCAACAAUUAUUUCUCACGGUAUGCCCUAUCCGCAGAAUCUUCAGACUGCUAAAGAGGUCCAAGCUAUCCUGAAGGCAAAUGGUGCAGUUCCUGCGACUAUUGCCAUUUUAGAUGGAGUUCCAUGCAUAGGUCUGAAUAAUGAACAACUAGAAAGGCUGGCAAAGCUUGGAAGCAAAGCUCAGAAAACAGCUCGCAGAGAUAUCUCUCACGUUGUUGCAUCUGGUGGUAAUGGCGCGACAACAGUGUCUGCAACAAUGUUUUUUGCUUCAAAGGUUGGCAUACCAGUUUUUGUUACUGGGGGGGUUGGAGGAGUACAUAGACACGCGGAAACAACAAUGGAUAUAUCAUCUGAUCUAACUGAACUUGGCAAAACUCCGAUGGCAGUCAUUUCAGCUGGAGUAAAGUCCAUAUUAGAUAUUCCCAGAACCCUUGAAUAUCUGGAAACUCAAGGAGUGACAGUUGCUGUCUACCAGUCUAAUGACUUUCCUGCAUUUUUUAGUGGAAGUAGUGGAUGUAAGGUACCUUGCCGUCUUGAUACUCCAGAACAGUGUGCUAGGCUCAUAUAUGCAAACAUGAAAUUAGGACUUGGAAGUGGAAUGCUAAUUGCUGUCCCUGCCCCAGAAGAACAUGUUGCUGCAGGAAAUGCCAUCGAAUCUGCAAUUAAAAAAGCAUUAGAAGAAGCAAAGGUAAAGAAUGUGGCAGGAAAUGCCGCCACACCUUUUCUGCUUUCUAGAGUCAAUGAGUUAACUGGGGGUGCAUCACUACUUGCUAAUAUUGCACUUGUAAAGAAUAAUGCAUUGAUAGGUGCAAGAAUUGCUGUUGCUCUUGCUGAUCUUAGAAGAAGUCUCAAAAAUGGUCAACCAUGGUCAGCAUUAUAAGUUUCAGUAAUGCUAUCACAGUCCAAAUAUGCCGAGGCUCUUAAUUAAAAUGGAACAACUAUUAUUGCAAAUCUGGAUCAGUCAUCUGUGUAAUUUCGAGGAAUAAUGUGGCAUUCCCAUUUUGAAGGUGUGCUUUAACAACGUGACAUUUAUCACACUAAUGGAUUUGAAGAGCUUGAGCGGCAACGUGUAUACUUUGAUUGGUAUUGAUUUGUAAUCAGAGCUAAGAUUUUUAGAUUGUCAAAAUUCAGAUUCAGAUUCAGAUUGUCAAAAUUCAGGGAUCAUACUGAUAAUAGAGUCAAAAAGGUUAAUUCACACUUUGUCCUUUAUUUUCUCAGUAAAUUUAAUUGGAUGUUUUUGCAA